AGUCUGCCCUCCACUCUGGUAAACCAGAAUUGUAGUCGCUCCGACCUGUUGGGAUCCUCUCCUGUGGCCUCCGUGUGCCAGGCACUGAACGUUAAACUCGUGUGGUGACAGACCGAUACCUCCACAAUGUUAAAACUGGUUGUACUCUUGCUUUGCACUGCGGUGGUCGCUACCGAUUCUAAGAAAGAUGUUGCUGCUGGGCCCAGACUGGACAACCACCAGCUGUAUAAGUUCAGCUACAGGACUGAGGUCCUGCUGGAUCGGGCCGGGGGGUCAAAGACGAGCAGCGCGGGGUAUCGGAUUACCAGCGACGUGUCCGCCCAUCUGGUGUGGAGAGACCCGGGGAAUAAAGACGACCAGCUCAUCCAACUAGCGAUGUCCGACGUGGGUGUGGAGAGCGUGGCCCCGGGCUCUAAGAGGGACCUCCUCAAGGGCUCCACUGCAGAGAGCCUGAUGGGGAAGGGGCCCCUGGGGGCCCUCACCCGGCCCUACAUGAUCCACCUCAGGAAUGGCAAGGUGAAGGCUUUUUACUCGUAUCGAGAGGAACCAGCGACUAUCAAGAACUUGAAACGAGGGUUGGCUAGCCUACUGCAAGUCCAGCUCAAUACCGGGAAAGUCAUUGAAAACGACGUGUCCGGGAGGUGUACCGUCCAGUACCGAGCCACCAAUGGACAGGUGACCCGAACCAAACUCCUAGAGACCUGCCAGACCUCCGAGACCGGCUUCACCACACACAGCCAGGUGUUGGGUGUGUCCAAGAAAGCCAGUUCUGUGACGUCGUUCACACUGAGCGAUGGUUUCAUUGAGUCCGCCGAGGCCGAAGAGGUUCACAUACUGGCCGCCAACUCCCGCAGAUCGGCGGCCGUUAAAGUUGUCUCCAGACAAAGCCUUAAGUUCGUGGGGAGGGCAGCGGGGCCACUGGAGGUCCCUGGAAAAGACGUGGCGAGCGUUGUGGCGUCCGUUGAUGCUAAACUGGCAGCGGUUGGUGUCAUGGCUGAACAGGUCAAAUCCCAAUGCAAGGGCUGCCCUACGCUGGUGGAACAUUGGCAGGCCAACAAGGAUCAAUUUGAGCCUGAGAGGUUAUCCAAGGCCAUGGCCCCCCGCAGCUUCCUGGCUUUCAUCCAGAGCAUCAGGAAGGCAACCGAGAAGGAGAUCCUCAGCGUGCUGAAGAGUGCCAGCAAGACGGCCCUCCCUCAGGUGGUGGACGCUGUCACCUCCGCCCAGACGCCAGCCUCUCUGGACGCCAUCCUGAGCUUCCUCAACUUCACGGACGCCAAAGGCCUGGUGCUACAAGAGAGGUUCCUGUACGCCUGCGGCUUCGCGUCGCAUCCCAACGAGAAAAUGCUACAGUCUCUCCUGGACAUCUCCAGGGGCAAGAUCGGCAGCAGUGAGAUCAAGGAGUCGGUCGUGAUCAUCAUGGGAGCUCUGGUGAACAAGCUCUGUCACAAAGGAGGCUGCGACUCCCCAACAGUGGUGCAGGUGAAGAAGAUGAUCUUGGAGGGUCCUGAGGGCACUGAGGUGGAGGCGGAGAUUCAGAUGUUCCUCCUGUCCCUGAAGAAUUCCCUGCUCCCCGAAGCCAUCCCAAUCUUCACAAAGUACGCCGAGUCGGAGGUGGGAGCCUUCUGCACCAUCGCCCUCAGUGCCCUGCAGAGAUACGACACCAAGCUCAUCACCGAAGAGGUGAAGAGCAUGGUGAACCGGAUCUACCACCAGAACCGACGCAUCUACGAGAAGAACGUGAGGUCAGCGGCGGCCGACGUCAUCCUGAGCAGCAACCCCUCGUACGAGCACGUCAAGAACCUGCUCCUGUCCAUCGGGAGCCUGCCCCACGAGAUGAACAAAUACAUGGUGUCCAAGAUCCAGGACAUCCUCCGCUUUGAGCUGCCAGCCAGCAAAGUCGUACGGCAUGCCAUGAAGGACAUGGUGUCUCAUAACUACGACCGUUUCGCCAAGGUGGGCUCGUCCUCUGCAUACUCCGGCUUCAUGGCGAAAACGGCGGACGUGUCGUCGACAUACAGCCUGGACAUCCUGUACUCGGGCUCUGGCAUCAUGAGGAGGAGCAACAUGAACAUCUACGGAGCCAGCAGCGGAGCCACGCUGCACGGCCUGCAGGUGGCCAUCGAGGCACAGGGCCUGGAGACCCUGAUCGCAGCCACGCCCGAUGAGGGGGAGCAGGACCUGGAGUCGUACGCGGGCAUGUCGGCCCUGCUCUUCGACGUCCAGCUGCGGCCCGUCACCUUCUUCAAGGGCUACAGCGACCUCAUGUCCAAGAUCUUCUCCAUGUCCGGGGAGCCCGUGAACGUGGUGAAGGGGCUCAUCCUUCUCACCGACCACUCGGAGGUUAUUCAACUCCAGUCCGGGGUGAAGGCCAGCGCUGAGUUCCAGGGGGGUUUAGCCAUUGACAUCUCUGGAGGCAUGGAGAUAAGUCUGUGGUACAGAGAGUCCAAAACCAGCGUCAACAACAGGGGUGCUCUGGUUGUCACUGGCAACGUGACUGUUGACAUGGACUUCGUCAGAACGGGGAUGGAGGUGAGCUUUGAGACGGAGGCUUCGUUGGAUUUCAUCACCACCGUCCAGUUCUCCAAUUACCCCUUCCUGGUCUGCAUCCAGAUGGACAAGACCACCUUUCCUUUCAGUGAGUACCUGACUAAGUACGAGAGCCUCCCGUCGGGGAAGAGCUCUGUGUCAAGUAAGGGCAGGAAGCAGCUGGUGCCCGGAUCAGAGUUCCCCCUUCACCAGGAGAACUCCAACAUGUGCAAGAAGGUGUUCGACUCGGACUGGUAGAGCUACACGCACUGAUGGCAAUGUAUGCUAACACGUGCUAACGUACGCUAACAUGUGCUAACGUAUGCUAACGUUGCCAAGGUGGAAGUCUUUCCUCGUUUUCGCAUGAAGAUUCAUCGAUGAUCAGGGACACACUGUGUGUGUGUGUGUGUGUGUGUGUGUGUGUGUGUGUGUGUGUGUGUGUGUGUGUGUGUGUGUGUGUGUGUGUGUGUGUGUGUGUGUGUGUGUGUGUGUGUGUGUGUGUGUGUUCUGAAAAUGCAAUGUUUACAUUCCUUAUUUCAAGUUAUUUUUUUCUUAAUUUGACUUAAGCCAGCCCAAACACCACUAGUCGAUUGGUUUGCAUUAGAUUAGAUUCCCUAUGCCGAUAUGUUUACCUGGUCACCUGCGGUCGUUUACAGCGGAGCCGGCAGCCCCACAGUGGGAACAAAACGGAAAGCAUUUUAUUAAAGGCGGGGUCAAGGAGUUAUGCUUUGAAAUCUGGAAUUUUUGCAUUUUCUUUUACGGCUCCCUUUGAACAUCUAUUUAUAAUGGCUGGUUGUUUAUGUGUGAGCGUGUGUAUUUUAUUUGGUACCCCCAUACUGUGAAUAGUGCUACUGUAAUUCCCCCCCUGCUAUGUAAAUAUCCCAUGUUGGCUUGUUGAAAACCGCGUCGACAUCCUUCUUCAUACGACAAAAAAAUCAAAGAAUCUGCCUAAAUAAUUGUGUGUAAUGUUUGAAGGACUAACUAAUCGUAAUGGUGGCACAGUAAUUGGUAGAAUUAAAAAAUCAACAGCUAUUGUAAUGGAUGAUCAUCUAUCAACACUUAAAUAUGUCUAAUAUGUGAUAAAUAUAUUAAAUUGAAGACAUAUUGCAACUAUUUCUUGAA